AUGAAAGGCUCGAUUCUCACGGUUUUGUCAAUGGAGAAUCAUCAUCCUUCAACGCUCUUAUCCAUGGAUUCAAGCGGCUCGUCUCACGAAGAGCUCGAUCUGGAGAUGAGCAACAUCAAUCGGCAAAUCACGCUCUACAAUCCACCAGACAUCAAUCUGCCUCUGUCUGUUGGACGAAGCUCUCCGCUAUGGAACUUGGAUUCUUGCGAUAACAUAUUGGAUGUUGGUCUCAGCUCGCACGUCUACGAGACGGAGACGUUCCUCAACGUGGUUCCAAGCAAAAUCAGUAGAAAAUGCUUGAAACGUGGAGAUAGUAUGUGGGGAGCUUGGUUCUUCUUCAGCUUCUACUUCAAACCGGCGCUCAACGAGAAAUCAAAGUCUAAGGUCAUUAGGGAAACUGGAGGAGGAGGAGGAGGAUGCUUUACAGGGUUUGAUAAAUCUGAUCUCAAGCUUGAUGUUUUUCUUGUUCAGCAUGAUAUGGAGAACAUGUACAUGUGGGCUUUCAAGGAUAAGCCAGAGAACGCGCUUGGGAAGAUGCAGUUGAGAAGCUAUAUGAAUGGCCAUUCUCGUCAAGGAGAGCGUCCGUUUCCAUUCAGCGCAGAGAAAGGGUUUGUUCGGUCUCACAGAAUGCAGAGGAAGCAUUACAGGGGACUCUCUAAUCCUCAGUGCCUUCACGGGAUCGAGUUUGUGCCUUCGCCGAGUUUGUUGUCUGUCAGUGAAGAAGAUAAGAAGAGAUGGAUGGAGCUAACGGGUCGAGAUUUGAAGUUCACUAUCCCUUCUGAUGCUAGUGACUUCGGUUCAUGGAGAAACCUUCCCAACACUGAUUUCGAGCUCGAGAGACCGCCUCAUGUUACAAAACCGGCGACGAAUAAUGCCAAGAAGAUCCUCAACGGCUCGGGAUUGCAUUUGACAAGCAACGCGUCUUUUAGUAGCAAUGGUGACUCAUCAGAUCAGUCUCCAGGAGGAGGAGGAGGAGGAGGCAAUAACAACAGCAAGAAGAGAAAAGAGUUCUUAUCUCCGGGAAGCAGCGAAGAAGAAUGUUGCUUGACUGUUAACAACAUUGAGACUCACCUUGCCAAGGACCCGCCUGGUUGGUUAAACGACUUCACCGGAGUGAUGAAGAAUGUUCACGGGCCGGCCACUGCAGCGAAAACCAUCUACGAAGAUGAAGAAGCUUACCUGGUCUUGAUGACUCUACCAUUUGUGGAUUUGAACACCGUGAAGGUCACGUGGAGGAACAGUAUCACUAACGGAAUCUUGAAGGUGACGGGAUCAAGCACGUCGCUGGCUCCGUUGGUGAAGAGACGGGACCGGACUUUCAAGCUGGUUGAUCAGACGGCUGAGCAUUGUCCUCCGGGGGAAUUUAUGAGGGAGAUACAGUUGCCAAACCGGAUCCCGGAAGAAGCCAACGUUGAAGCUUAUUUUGAUGGGACCGGACCGGUUCUAGAGAUUCUUGUUCCGAAAUUGAGAGGAGGUGUUGAGGAAGAACAUGAGGUUAUGGUUUGUCUACGGCCACACCACCUUGGAGGAGCCGGUGAGCUUAAGUUGACGUGA